CUCGAGAAUACGCCCAAGCAACGCUCGACAUAAACAUGUCGCGCGCAGCUUAUCCGAGACAACAAAAGUCAUUUUGGUGCCGGGCGAUGAGAAUGCCUUCACAAGACGAGGAAACACUACAACUCUAAACCCCCUCCACCAGCCGAGACGCCAUGAGGCUAGGUUUUGCCCUGGGCCGGCUCUUCUCCCGCCCAGGAGUGUUGUUCUGCCCUAGCCCAAUUCUCGGGGUUACCAGAAAACCUUCCCGCUCUGUCUUCCGCAGCAUCCGCACAUCAUUCAUUCAUACGAGCUCGCGAACCCGGCCGCCACCAUGGAGAGCCAAUCGCACCAGGCCGCGUAUUCUGAUGGCUUCCGCCGGCGCUGGCCUGGCCGCUUCCGCCUUUCUUGAGCUUUCCAAAAAAGGUGGCGCUAGCCCGGAGGACACCGGCGAGCAUAGGAUGCUCAAGGCUUCGCGCGCCGAGAUUCGAAAGAGUGCCGGCGAGAACGACGGGACCUUGGGCUGGCUGCGACGUCGGCUCGUCUUGUUCCUGGACCUCUACAUCUGGGAACCCAUAUGUACUAGCUUCCGCUUUUUGCAGCUAGUCGUCAUCUUUGUUCCAGUUAUCCUGACGGUCCCGGCAAUAUGGAUUGGAGGCCGCGUACCGGAGCGUGAUAAUGAACGAACUGGGACUCUGUGGUGGUAUGGUUUUUUGGUCCAGGCCAUGGAAUGGGCAGGUCCAGCCUUCAUCAAGCUCGGCCAAUGGGCGGCUUCAAGGUCCGACAUCUUUCCCAGUGAGCUAUGUGACAUCAUGUCAAAACUCCACGCCAAUGCUCCCGCCCACUCCUUCCACGCGACAAAGCGAAUAGUUGAGGAUGCUUUUGGCGGCCGUGAAUUUGACGACAUAUUUGACGAGUUUGACAGGACACCAAUCGGCGUUGGAGCAAUCGCACAGGUCUACAAGGCCAAGCUCAAACCCGAUCUCGCCGUUCCCGGUGAUGUCGACGUCCCCAAAGACCCCCAUGAUCUCCGCCACAGCGUCCGCAGGAACGUAGAGACCGUCCUCAAAAGCAAGCCAAAGCGAGUCCCCUCGUCGUAUGUCGCUGUAAAGGUCCAGCACCCGCGUGUCGAGCGGACCGUACGGCGCGACCUCCGGAUCAUGCGCUUCUUCGCCUCUGUGCUCAACGCAAUACCCACGAUGGAGUGGCUUUCACUGCCUGACGAGGUGGACCAGUUCGGAGAGAUGAUGAAGCUCCAGCUGGAUAUGCGCAUCGAGGCGGCGAACCUGUCGAGGUUCCGGAAGAAUUUCAAGGACAGAACUACCGCCUGGUUUCCGUUCCCCUAUACCGAGUUCUGCACCCGAGAUGUACUGAUCGAGGAAUUCGCGUACGGCAUUCCCCUCGCCGACUUCAUGGCGAACGGGGGAGGGGUGUUCCAGCGAGAUAUCGCCUCUGAGGGCCUCGAUGCCUUUUUGCGCAUGCUCCUUCUGGACAACUUUGUCCAUGCUGAUCUCCACCCCGGGAAUAUCAUGGUGCGAUUCUACGAAGCGGAGCAACCUAGCCUGCGGCUGCGCCGCCCGCCCGAACAGAAUCCGGGCAUGGACCAGCAGGCCGAAGUCACCGAGCAAGUUUUAUCACGACUUCGCCCGUACCGUCACAACAAAGAUUUGUGGGACGCCGAGCUGGCAAACAUUGAGCGCGAAGGCUUCCGGCCACAACUCAUCUUCAUCGACACGGGCCUCGUGACGGAGUUGAAUAGCACGAAUCGGCGAAACUUACUGGAUUUGUUCCGCGCUGUCGCCGAGUUUGACGGAUACAAGGCCGGCCACCUGAUGUGCGAGCGGUGUCGGCAACCUGAUGCCGUGCUCGACAAAGAGGUGUUUGCGUUGAAGAUGCAACACCUAGUACUGGGGGUGAAGAGCCGGACGCUCGCCCUCGGAAACGUUAAAAUUGGUGACAUUCUGCAGCAAGUCCUCGGUAUGGUGAGGCAGCACCAUGUCCGCCUCGAAGGUGACUUUGUCAAUGUAGUCAUCAGUAUAUUGUUGCUCGAGGGCAUUGGGCGCACCUUGAACCCGGACUUGGACCUCCUCAGCAGCUCUCUCCCGAUCUUGAGGCAACUCGGCACUCAGAGCGGCAAGGACAUGGUCAAGGAGCGUGAUUUCCACAUGUUGAAAGUCUGGGUUGGCUUGGAAACGAGGAGGUUCAUGCAGGCCAGCGCCGAAGACGUCGAAAGAUGCGUUCGGUAUGAUCUCCUUUCCCCGAACGUCUAGUCCGACGUUCAGCACUCUCGUACUCUUACGAUUUCGAUACGACACGAUCCUACGUGGGCGGGAAUGUAUACGGAUGGCAUUAGCCCCCCCUCCCCCCACAACUUCGGACAAAUGAUACCCCCGCGACGAUACUCGUUUUAAGUCAAAAGUAGUUGACACAAAGAGGCGAAUGUGUUGGAGGAGUGCGAGAUCGCUGUCUAGUGGACUCUCAGUGUUCCGUACAUAGCUAUCUAGGUAGUGCCAGUAGGCCGUGGGCAAAACUCGCCCUGUGACCUGCGAUUUACAAAAGGGCGCUCCAGUACCGUAUCUGUGGGGCGGCCAUCUGCAGUGGCUUGACGCGCUGCGCAGCGGGAACCAACAGGGACUUGGUCCUGCAGAUGCGCGUCAUCCUUGCCGAGUUCCCUCGAAUGCCAAUCUU